AUGUCCAAUAUUAUCCUGCAAAACGUUCGUCAUCGGCGGGCCAGCUGUAAUACGAAAUACCACUGUUUAUACGGAUACUAUUUCCUAAGAAUCUCUAGAUCGAAUCUCUCAGUGAUUUACAGAAAAAGCAAAACGACCAUUUCGAGCUGGAUUAUGCAGUACGAGGAGGCAGGUUUGGUAACGGAGAAUCAACGGAAACAGAUUUAUAAAAAAUUCGGAGCAGAACAUAGAUCCUGGAUUGUUCAACAAUACCAAAAUAAUCCGGUAUUGUUUUUGGAUGAAUGCAGCAGCUUAUUUUAUCGAAAAUUCCACAAGACUAUCAGCGUAGCGAGCAUAUGCAGAAUUUUACACUCGGAAGGCCUUACAUGGAAAGCCCUGGAACGUCGUGCUAUUCAAAUAAGAGAGGACGAAAUAUUUCGUUUCUUUUGGGAACUUAAUUCAUUAGAUUGGGAUUUGUUCAAUCUUGUAUUCUUAGAUGAAGUGUCUAUUGACAAUCGGGAUAUGCUACGCAACCGUGGCUAUGGAAUUAAAGGAGAAAAACUUGUGUUCCGGGGAGAAUUCGUGCGGCGCCCGAGGGUGUCAUUUUUAUGCUUUUUGGGACAAAAGGGAAUGCUGGACAGUUUUGAGACCGAGGGUACAUUUACGAGAAAACUAUUUUUCGAAUGCCUCAGACUAUUUGCCCUUGAAAACAAAAAUGUAUUUCGGUACCCCGGAGCGAAUUCUGUGUGGAUUUUGGAUGGAGCUCGCAUACAUUGCGAUCAGAACAUUGUACUAUAUUUGAGAUCAAUUGGGAUUUUCCCGGUUUUUCUACCACCAUACUGCCCUUUUUUUAACCCGAUAGAGAUUAUAUUCGGAAUCACGAAAAAAUCCAUGAUAAAAACAUAUAACGAAAACCGUCGCGAAAAUUUAUCUCAUGUAGCUAUUUCGACUUUCUCAGCAUUUUCGACUUAUGACUGCACAAAAAUUUUCCGUCACUGUGGAUAUUUGCCUGGAGGGCAGUUUGAUCCUGCGGUUGGUCUGUCCAAUAGUAUGGAGAAGAUAGCCUUCGAAUGA